AUGUUGGAUUUCAAAGUCUUCUACGGCCUAGCGGCUUUCUUCUCUCUAGGCGUGCUCGCUGCUUGGAGGAUUGCAAACCACGCGGAGAAGCAGCAGUGGUGGACGCUCCGCCUUCGUCUGUCAUUAUUGCAGCCGUAUGUCCUCACCGGCUGGGUUUUCUACACAGUGCUCAUCUUGAUUCUGGCACUGUAUGACUUUCAAUGGGGAACUCUCAACUCAACAGGCCGAAUAAUUCUACCAGACACGUUGAUAGCACUGGUUACCAUUGCUAUUCUGAUCGUCGGAGCUGACCUUGCUUUGAGUGCAUUCGAAACACGUCGCUAUCUCUCGAUCCGAUGGAAGGCCUGGACAGGCCCAAGCAGGACAGGCAUCCCACCAGUGACCGCGAGAUACAUUGGCACAUCGGAGGACUGGAUCGCGCUCGCACAGACAAACAAUGUCCAACGGCACCCCGUUGAAAGAUUCGCAGGCUCUUGCAUGCUCAGAGACAAUCGCAUACUUCAGGAUCCUACUGACUUGCUUCGUACCAAAGUCACAAUCGAUCAGGAUAAAAUUCCUCCAUGGCCGACAGGCUCUCAACAAAUGUCAAGCGUAUAUCACCCCAUUGUUGAAAACCAAUCUGUUUCGCUGCUUUGGGGUGAGCAUCUUGGAUUCCAGAGACGCUGCAGUCGCGGGAUUAUUUCUGUUCCCCCGAAUAUCCUAAAAACGUCACCUUCGCUCAAGUCUGGAUUGAGCGGCAACGCUGUCUGCCUGGCAUAUGGAAUCCUGGCGCGAAAUAAAGGGCUGGAACCGGCAACACUCAUCUGCAACCUACAGACCAAGAAUUCAUUUCGCGAAUUCGAAGAAAGGGGAUAUUGGCCCCACCCGGCGAAAACACUGCGCGGUUAUUAUUUUUCUGAGUUCAAUCGAACUUUUUCUCUCCUUGGUCUGUCCUACGUAACAGCUGCAACUGAACUUGCCAUUUUGCUCGCGGAUACGAACACUGCUUUGAUUGGUGGAUGGUUGGACUCGCAUUUUGAGCACCAGGAUUUAUUGCUCAAUCGAGAGGUACAUGCUUUGGGGGCCAACGAGGAGGAAUUAAGACGGAUUUAUCGCGGGCAUUAUGCGACAAUGCUCAUUAGCUUAUGUCUUUAUCGUAAAGGCGUCCGAAUUCGCCCCGAAAUUACGGUUUUUGAUGCAAUCUGUAAACUCGAAGGUAUUGAGCAACCCGUCUGGGCAGAAUCUACCGAGAUGGAAGCACGGAGACAGUGGGAAUUGGAUGAAUAUGGCCCAGAGCUGCAGCACCUAGUGGCGGCCGUCAUCUAA